AUGACAGGUCUGCAACCUGGCCAACAGCUCCUCCCUCCUCUGGCACGCUUACAAAUCCCUCCCGUCACCCUCGUGCCAUUGAGGGUCGAGGACGUGCAUGACUUCCCAGGGCACAUAGCCUGCGAUGGGGACAGUAGAAGUGAGAUCGUGGUGCCGAUUUUGGCCAAGGAUGGGAAGAUUGUUGCAAUUAUAGACGUUGAUUGUACGGAGGUGGGAGGUUUUGAUAAGGCGGAUGAGGAAGGGUUGGGAAGUUUGGCCCAAUUGCUUGGGGAGAGCUGUGAUUGGGAAAUUUGA